GGAAAAAUAAGUCUAGAAGAGCAAAAACCCAAUUUGUAGAACUCAGAUCUGUGGCCUGAAGUGUUGCGCUUGUCCCUUUGUUUUGGAUUGAAGUGUCCAGCGGCUGCCCUUGCGUCUGCCGUCACCCACACAGAAUCUGCGCAAGCUUCUGCCUCAAACUCGCCUCAAAGCUCUCUGCCGGCUGCCUCCCUGGUUUCUCUCGGAAAUCCUCUCCGCCCAAGUCUCCAGCGGCUGCCCCUUUUUAUAUUCAAUAAUGUGCCCCUGCCUUUCAAAACUCCGUGUGCCCUUUCUCUUUUAAAGCCCAUCUUUAUCUCCACAAUAAGAUAAAGCCCACAAUGUCUCCACGUGUAUGCAGAGGAGAAAUUAAAUUCUGGUCUUUAAAUGGGGAAAUCAUGGAAUCAAACCUCAUGUUUUCAACUUUUGUCAUUUCAGCCCAUUUACUCUCAAUUUCUUUAGUUUUACCCUCUACCUACAAAGAAUGAUAAAAGAGGUUAGGUUUAGAUCUAAGAACCUGACUUCGUUCCCCUUCCCUACUCCAUGCAGUGAAAGUAAUGAAACUGAAAAGAUGUCUUCUGAGGAAACAUUGAGCGUUGAGGGAAGUGAGGAAGUAAGGGCUUUAGAGUAUGGUGACAUUGAGAUGACCAGUGAGUCAUCUAACUUAGAGAGGGCGGAGGAAGGGGUGGGAGGCAAAGUAGUCCAUACCUUACCGGCAUGCGUAUCGGUUUUGUUACUGGAACGCCAUACUGGCCGGUACGAAAUGGAAUUGAUAACACUGGUGGGAGGAAGUGAGAUGGUUGGGGUUGAGGGGGAGGGGGUUUUUAUAACUGUGUUAGAAGUGGGAAGUAGGAAUGAAAGGUGUUAUGAUAUUGAGGCAGAUAUCAUGUCUGAGGUUAGGAAGCCUGCUAGGGUGGAGGAGAGGGCAUGCUCUGCACCCCGAGAUCAUUGGAUGCCUAUGUAUGCCCAUUAUUUCGUAGCGGGGCUUAGGUGUCCAAUUCCUGAACUAUUGGUGGGGUUGUUGUUAGAUUAUAGCAUAGGGUUGACACAACUAGCCUCCAAUGCUAUGAGGAAGGCUAAGAAAGCCAACCAGAAUAAGUUUAGUUUAAAUAGUGAUGAGGAAGAAGAGGUGGGGAAGUUGGUAAGGGAGGGAGGUAACAUUGUAAAUAUCAUGUACCUCACCAGCUUGGAUGUCAUAGAGGCUGCUGAGCUCUAUGGGCCAAGUGCUUUGAGUGAAGCUGAGAUGGAUAAACUUUUGAGUGCUGCUGGGGGGGUGGCCAUUCCCAAGAAGCUUAGGAAGAAGUCAAGGACUUCAACUAAUGAGGCGAGUGAGGGAGGAGCUGGGAGGGAGUUGGUGCCUAGCACCUCAGCUGGAGUUCAGGAAGUGCGACCGAGGCAAGAUCUAAAAAGGAAAGGGGGUGAGGAGCCAGGGGCACUUCAGAAGAAGAAGAAGGUGGUGGAACAGGAGGUUAGGGGGGACGAGGUAAUGGAGUUCAUACCUUGGCCUCCUCCUAUUGAGCUCGACCUUGAGCUCAGCGAGAUUGAGGUCAAGGGGGCUGAGGUUAGGGCCCCUAGUAAAGGGAAAGGACUCGUUCCCCCUCUUUCCUUUCAGAGCAGUUUCUUUGACGCCAAGAACGCAACAGGGGUAAAAAGGUUUAUUAAUGCAACCUUCCCCGAAGUGGACGAGCGUCAGGCGAAGAAAAAGGUGCUGAGAUAUGUUGGAGCGACAGUGGUUAAGCACGCUCUGGAGAGUGCAAGCUGGGUGAAUGCUCUAACCCAGGAGUUUGUAGAGAGUGUGAAGGAGUGCACUCUCUUGUGGAGGCAAUCUCAUCAUCAGCAACUGCAAGAGGAGAAGGAUGAGCUGGAGAAGAAGAAUAAGGAGAUGCAGGAGAUGCUAGAUGAGGUGGUACCAGCAGUGAAACAGCUUGAAGAUGAGAAAGAUUCCUUGAGUACUAAGCUCAUUUUUGAAGAGAGAAAAAGAAAGAUCUUUGAAAGCGAGCGCGAGGCUCAGGAGAAGGAGAUAAAAAAGGUGAAAGAAACUGUGAUUGAGCUGAAGAAGAAUGUGGAGCUGCUGUCGCAAUAUCCCGAAGUGGAUGUCACGGGCAUUACCUUUGGCGAACAAGAAGAAAGGGUGGAGGAGAAUGGCGAGAGCAUGUCAGCUGAUUUCCGUUCGGAAGUUAAGCUGAGAUGGGAUCAUGACACACAAGGUCGUACCAUUUUUCCUCCACACUUCGACUUCGAGUUCGUGGGAGUGGAAGAAGAGGUUGCAGAGGUAGAGGAUAUAGAAGAGGAAGGGAAUCAGCCACAUCAUCUAGUGGAAGUGCAUACGAUUCCUUCAGAAGAGGACCAGCCAGCUCAACCAGAAGUGGGACUGCCACCUCUUCCUGCUGAGGAAGAGCCACCUCAGCCACCUCUUCCUGUUGAGGAACAACCACCUCCAAAGUAGUUAGGGUGUUCAUUUUUUUGUUAUGUUAAUAUUGGAACAAUUUAUAAUUUGAACAGUUUGUAAUGUUUAUUAUUCAAUUUUAAUGAAAAUUUUUUGAAAUU